AUGGGACAGGACGUCAAGGUUAUGGUUGUUGGAGAUGGUGCUGUCGGUAAGACCUGUAUGCUGAUUUCCUACACGACGAACUCGUUCCCCGGCGAGUACGUGCCUACGGUGUUCGACAAUUACACCGCCAACACGGUCGUUGAGGGAAAUCCUGUAAAUUUGGGCUCUGGCGAGUACGACCAGCUCAGGCCUCUCAGCUACCCGGGAACUGACGUGUUCAUCAUCUGCUUCUCCCUCACCUCCCCCGAAAGUUUUGACAACGUGAAGAACAAGUGGGUGCCCGAGGUGACGCACUUCAACCCCAAGACGCCAAUCAUCCUGGUCGGCACCAAGUUGGAUUUGAGAGACAACGAGGAAACGAUCGCUUCCCUCAAGCAGCACAAUCUCGCUCCCAUCCAGUUCGUCAAGAACCUGUCGCUGGUCUUCGAGGAGGCCUGCAAGGCUGUCUUUGUGGACCACACCCAGAAGACGGGCAAGGACAAGAAGGACAAGAAGGGCGGCGGCGACAAAGAGAAGAAGGAGUGCAUCAUGCAAUAA